CUCCAAAACCCUCAACACACUCAUCAUCUCUUCCGUCUUCCUAUUUUCAAAUCGAACCAUGUCUCUGAGGCCUAGCGCGAAGACUGAGGUCCGACGUAACCGGUACAAAGUGGCCGUCGAUGCGGAGGAGGGACGGCGGAGGCGAGAGGAUCACAUGGUUGAGAUCAGGAAGAACAAGAGGGAAGAGAAUCUCCAGAAGAAGCGACGCGAGGGGAUCUCCGCCGCUCCUCAAUCCGGACAGGUUGAUCUUCCUUCUGCCAAGAAGUUGAUAGAGAAUCUACCGGAGAUGGUUGCUGGGAUAUGGUCAGAGGAUGCCAACUUACAACUCGAGACGACUACUCUCCUCAGGAAACUGCUUUCUCUUGAGCAAAACCCUCCUAUCAAUGAUGUUGUAGGAUCUGGUGUUGUUCCUCGCGUUGUGACGUUUCUUUCGAGGGAUGAUUUUCCCAAACUUCAGUUUGAGGCGGCUUGGGCCCUCACCAACAUUGCUUCAGGGACAUCAGAGAACACUAAUGUCAUCAUUCAGAGCGGUGCUAUCCCCAUAUUCAUCCAUCUUCUCACCUCCCCUAAUGAGGAAGUCCGCGAACAGGCUGUUUGGGCGCUGGGAAAUGUUGCUGGAGACUCUCCAAAAUGCCGUGAUCUUGUCUUGAGUCUAGGUGCCAUGUUGCCUCUUCUGUCUCAGUUCACUGAGCAGACAAAGCUCUCAAUGCUUAGGAAUGCUACUUGGACUUUGUCAAACUUCUGCCGAGGGAAGCCUCAGCCUUCUUUUGAACAGACAAGCCCAGCUUUACCAGUUCUUAAGAAGCUUGUGCAAUCAACAGAUGAAGAAAUUCUCACAGAUGCUUGCUGGGCUCUGUCCUACCUCUCGGACAGCUCAAACGACAAGAUACAGGCUGUUAUCGAUGCUGGCGUUAUCCCUCGCCUCAUCGACCUCUUAGCUCAUUCGGCGCCGGCAGUGCUGAUUCCUGCUCUUCGCACCAUCGGAAACAUUGUUACUGGCGAUGAUACACAGACUCAGACGGUUCUCGACCAUCAAGUGCUUCCUCGUCUAUUGCACCUUCUUACAAACCCUUACAAGAAGAGUAUCAAGAAGGAAGCUUGCUGGACCAUCUCCAACAUUACAGCUGGGUGUUCUCAACAGAUACAAGGAGUGAUUGAAGCUGGUAUCAUUCAGUCUCUUGUUGGGGUGCUCCAUAACGCAGAGUUCGAAGUGAAAAAAGAAGCUGCUUGGGGGAUCUCAAAUGCUACUUCUGGUGGCACUCAUGAUCAAAUCAAGUUUCUGGUGAGCCAAGGCUGUAUCAAACCGCUGUGCGAUCUUCUAACCUGCCCGGAUCCAAGAAUCUUGACGGUUUGUUUAGAAGCGUUGGAGAACAUUCUGGUGGUUGGAGAAGCAGUGAAGAGCCUAGGUCAUACCGGAGAGGAUAACCCUUAUGCUUCAAUGAUAGAUGAAGCUGAAGGGCUCGAGAAGAUUGAGAAUCUUCAGAGCCACGACAACAACGAUAUAUACCAAAAGGCGGUGAAAAUUCUCGAAACGUUUUGGACUGAAGACGAUGAUGAAGAAGGAUGUAACGAUGAAAACCACGCUCCUCAAGCCGGUUUCCAGUUCGGAAGCGCUAACGUUGCUGCUGCUCCUGGUCAGUUCAACUUUAUGUGAACGGUGAUAACGUGAAGUAAAAGAAGUUCUCUUUGUCUUUUCUCUGCAUCAUGCACACUCCUCACAACUCGUGGAUAUGAAGAAACACUGUACGGGUAGUAUCUUUUUUGUCUUUUGAAGUUUGUGAAACAAUUAUGUUUGGUGUGUUUUUCAAUAACGGAUCUGAUCUCUAUAUCAGAGUGGAAAUUAAAGUUCAUUUGUUUGCUUC